GAGGUGGAAAAGAUGAGCCAAAAGGCUAUUAGGCCGAUGACUCUCAAGAGGCUUGUCAACUUGCAGAGCAAUUCUUCAGAAGCGCGGAUCCGGACGGCACAGUGGGUGCAAUCUGAGCUGCCCGUACGGCUAGCGCAUCGCCUGUACGACUUCCACCGACUACCUUUCUGCGCAAUCUCCUGCCCUCCCAUCAAGGAAGUCUACAGCCUUUAUGUCCUUACAUUCCAGCGAAUACAGGGUAUUCCUCCUAUUACUGAAGUAGAACAGCUUGCAUCCUUCGUAGAGUUGUUAGAGGGUGAGAGGCGGCACCACGACAGCAGUGUGGAUCUAAUGGGCCAGGGAGUGCAGCGGAUUCGCCGAGUCUGCACCGACGUCAUUCUUGACUCGUUCCUGGAGCGCUUUUUCUACUUUCGCAUUGGCAGGCGCAUCAUGAUUGACAACUUGGUCGCCAUGCAAAACCCCAAGCCAGGUUGGUGCGGGAUAGUAAACACUUCCUGCAAACCUGCCGAGCUGAUAACUGCGAGAGCAAAGGACGUCAGAGAUUCCUGCCGAUACUCAUAUGGCAUUGCUCCCCUUGUCGUUGUGGCAGGGAACUUGGAGACAGAAUUUGCGACGAUCCCAGAGCACUUGGCGUUGAUUAUCACUGAAGUCCUCAAAAACGCUCUGAGGGCCACUGUAGAGUUCUAUACCCUGGGCAACUCGAUGCUUGACUCCACAUGCAAGGCUGGCCUCAUAUCAGGCGACGAAGACCUGCCUGAGGUGCGCGUGGAAGUUUACAAGGGCAAACGGGAAGUCGUCAUCAAGGUCUCAGACAAAGGCGGUGGGGUCCCUCCUCACAAGCUGCAGGCCAUGUGGAGCUUCGGAUACAGUACAGUGGACGAGAGCAAUACGAGGAUAUCAGAGAACAGCCAGUCCCUCUCUCCCAACUUCAUCAGGCCAGACAUGGCCGGAUACGGAUUUGGACUGCCUCUCUCACGUGCCUUUGCACGGUAUUUUGGGGGGGAUAUUCACGUGCAGUCACACUUUGGAAUAGGGACGGAUGUGUACAUCACAUUGAACCACAUUGGAGACCAAGAGGAGGCCCUUUUUUUUCAGGAACGUCCUGACCUUAGACAGGAUCAGACGCCUACGUCCCUUGCACAGCCUUAG